GGAAUUUUGAAUCAGAAAAUGUUAGUUUAAAGUUCGGCAAUUGAAACGAACGAAAGAAACUGUCUCAACCAACAACUACCCUUUCUCUUUCUCUCUCUAAAUAUCUCUAUAUAUAAACACUGUGUUGUGAGUUAUAACUACUGUUGCUUGCUUAAACCAAUUUCUCUCUCUCUCUCUGUUUGUGUGAUUAAUUAACUUAUGGACGGUUUUCCACCGGAGGCGGAGGCAACGGCGGUGGCCGUACGGCGGGCGUUGGAGCUUCUGCAGCUGAACGACCCCGUUUUGAGGGUCCAAGCGGCGAGGGACAUCCGGCGCCUCACCAAGACCUCGCAGCGGUGCCGCCGCCAGCUCCGGCAAGCCGUGGCGCCACUCGUGUCCAUGCUCCGAGUCGACUCGCCCGAGUUCCACGAACCUGCGCUUCUCGCUCUGCUUAACCUCGCCGUACAAGACGAAACGAAUAAAAUUAGCAUUGUGGAAGCUGGUGCAUUAGAGCCAAUAAUUAGUUUCCUCAAGUCACAAAAUCCAAAUAUGCAGGAGUAUGCAACUGCAUCUUUGCUCACUCUAUCUGCCUCUCCAACCAACAAGCCAAUCAUUAGUGCUUGUGGCACCAUUCCUCUUCUUGUGAAUAUUCUAAGAGAUGGAAGCCCUCAAGCUAAAGUUGAUGCUGUGACGGCUCUGUCCAAUUUAUCAACAACACAACCUGAAAACCUCAGCAUCAUUCUCCAAACAAAUGCAAUGCCUUUAAUUGUUAGCCUUCUCAAAACCUGUAGAAAAUCCUCAAAAAUAGCUGAAAAAUGUUCUGCUUUGAUAGAAUCCUUGGUAGGUUAUGAGGAGGGGAGAACUUCCUUAACAUCUGAAGAAGGUGGAGUUCUUGCAGUUGUGGAAGUUCUUGAAAAUGGUACUCCCCAAAGUAGGGAACAUGCUGUUGGAGCACUGCUGACAAUGUGCCAAAGUGAUAGAUGUAAAUAUAGGGAACCAAUUCUUAGAGAAGGUGUUAUUCCGGGACUUCUUGAGCUUACAGUUCAAGGAACCCCCAAGUCUCAGCCAAAGGCACGUACCCUUUUGCAGUUACUAAGAGAGUCUCCAUAUUCAAGACCUGAAGCUGAACCUGACACUCUUGAGAACAUAGUGUGUGACAUCAUAUCACAGAUUGAUGGGGAUGAUCAAUCUGGUAAAGCAAAGAAGAUGCUAGCUGAGAUGGUCCAAGUCAGCAUGGAGCAGAGUUUGAGACAUUUACAGCAAAGGGCUCUUGUAUGUACCCCUAGUGAAAUGCCUAUUGCAAGUUGUGCUUCUGAAGUUUCUUCAAAAUAUUAGUUGGGGCUCUUCUUAAUUUGUAUCUUUUCACCCUUUUUCUCUCUACUCUUUUUCUUUCCAGUUGGAACUAGCAACAUAAAUUUUCUGUAACAUAUAAAGAGAAAAGAAAACUGAAAAAGAAAAUAACAGUAAAAAAAUGCCAGUCCAGGCCAUCGUGAAGGUAUCGAGUGACUGGUAAUUGUCAAUAAAAAUGAUGUUGUGUGAUGAUAAGAGCAUGGUUUUUCUAGUUGAUUUGUAAAGGAACUGUUGUAUAAAAUAAUUUGCAGAAGUAGUUAAGCAUCU